UCAGCUGAUAAGCGGGAUUCAAUGUGCAUACAGUCCACAACUGUCAGCAAUGUAAACACUUGACUGAUCAUCCAUGUGCUGUGGAUUUGUGAACCUACAGCUGGAUGUGACCUCUGACCUCUCAUUAAGAAGCAGAAGAUCAGGCCAUUUCCUUUCCAAGGAAUUUUGAUGUUGCCCUCAACAUGGCCUCAAACUCUAGCUUUGCCCCUCCAAAACUGGCUGAUUUCAUUCUCACAGAGCGUGUGGGUAGUGGCACCUAUGCUACUGUAUACAAAGCCUACAGAAAGGGGGACAGUCGAGAGGUGGUUGCAGUGAAGGUGGUUGGAAAAAAGACUCUAAAUAGGGCAUCCACAGAAAACUUGCUCACAGAGAUUGAAAUCCUCAAAACUGUACGCCAUCCACACAUUGUACAGCUGAAAGACUUUCAGUGGGAUGCUGAGAACAUUUAUCUGAUACUGGAAUGGUGUUCUGGUGGAGAUUUGUCCAGAUUCAUCCGUAGUCGCAGAAUUCUACCUGAGAGGGUGGCCCGGCGCUUUUUGCAGCAGAUUGCCUGUGCCCUUCAGUUUCUCAAUGAACGAAACAUUUCACACCUGGAUUUGAAACCCCAGAAUAUCUUGCUUAAUGGAUCUGUCCUCAAACUAGCAGAUUUCGGCUUUGCCCAGUACAUGUCACCAUGGGAUGAGCAGAGUGUUCUCAGGGGCUCACCUCUAUACAUGGCUCCUGAGAUGGUGUGCAGACGCCAGUAUGACUCGAGGGUGGAUCUGUGGUCUGUAGGAGUGAUCCUCUAUGAAGCACUGUUUGGGCGACCACCCUUCGCCUCAAGGUCAUAUGCUGAACUGGAGGACAAGAUCCGGAGUAACCAGGCAAUUGAGCUCCCUCCAGGGGCCAGGGUUUCUAAGGACUGCAGGGACCUACUCCUGCGGCUGCUGGAGAGAAAUCCAGAUGCCCGGAUCACCUUUGCAGAGUUUUUCACUCAUCCUUUUGUAGACUUGGAGCACAUGCCAAGUGUAGAGAGCCUUGGGAAAGCGAAAGACCUGGUCCUGCAGGCGGUUCAGAAGGACCAGGAGGGGGAGAGGUCUUCAGCUCUGUCUCUUUACUGCAGUGCCCUUGAGCACUUUGUCCCUGCUAUUCACUACGAAACAGACCGACAACGUAAAGAUGCCCUCAGGCAGAAGGUCAGCCAGUAUGUGUCCAGAGCCGAGGAGCUGAAAACCCUGGUGGCCUCGGACAACAGAGUGAGCUUUGAGGAGGCCCGGACCUCAAGGGAUGUCCUACGAGAAAUGUCUAGGGACCAACCGCGGCUGCUGGCUGCUCUGGAGAUGGCAUCCACUGCUGUUGCCAAGGAGGAGAGUGGAAUAGAUGAUCUUGAUGCCCUGGAUUUGUACCAGCGGUGUUUAGGAGAACUCCUGUUGGCUCUAGCAGCAGAGCCCCAGGGCCGUAGGAGAGAGUUGCUCCACAGUGAGAUUAAAAGUCUCAUGACCAGAGCUGAAUACCUCAAGAAGCAUUUAAAGAUGCAGGAGACUCAGAGGGACGUGUCCCUGGAUCGAGAAUCUCUUGCAGAAUCUGUCAGAAGCUCCUGCUGUUUGCAGUAAAGCCUCAUUGAAUGGGACACCUCGUGCGACUUUAAACUGCCCGUCAGAAUUAAAAGUGGACAGAACCAAACCUUCGCCUGCAGCCCUGCACCACCUCAACACACCCACCAGUACAUGGCCUGGGUGGAGUGUCUAACCAAACAUGGCCAGUGUUUUGGUUGCUUCUGGAAAGUUUUCUCUUCCAGAUAAUUUGCCAGGUACAGAAAGUGUUGAUUUGUCUUUAAGGGGAAAAACAACUUGGAUCAGCUCGUGGAUUUUGGAUUUACUCACUGCUGAAUGUGGAAGUUAGACCCCGCAUACACUGAUAUCCCCCCUCCUGCUGUGCCAUUGAUAUGCAAAUGCUACACAGCUUGGAUGACAAUACCACACUGUCAUGGUAAACAAGUUAAAACCAAGAGUGUUGUUUUUUAUCUUAUGUCUGUAACUUGGAAAUAUUUGCAUCACACAUGAAACUGUGAAAACCUGGAAGUGAAAUGAAAUGGAAACAGUGCUGCUCAGUAUCACAGUUUUGAUUUGAACUGUACUCUUAGGCAUAUAAAAUCAAUUCCUCUGCAAACAUGCACAUACCCCGCUACCCCCCCUCCCCACUGCCUUUUACUGUGGGUCAACCACAGGCUCACCAUGCUCUCGCCACUGAUGGAGCCCUCUCCACCACUAUGAGGGGAAAACUUGAGAGGUGCGGCCUCUGCCUUAUUUACACUAGACUUGCAUUUUCUUAGGUUUGGCACCGGUCGAGUAUUUGAGGGAUACAGUCAGUUGUGGCACUCGUGCAAAAGCUUCAUAACUAGGCCUCUGUGAAAUGGUAAAAAGCAUGCGAUAAUCCUCGCUGUUGUAGGUCUCCACUGACUGUUUAGAUUUCAGACAGGUAAAGUGCUUGAACACUCUUCAAAAGAGAGCUUUACUUUGUGACUAAAACUGAAUGGAAACUGGGAAAAAAAUAUCUGGAAAAGGAGCCAAAGGAGAAAAGUACAAAUGUCUGCUGGUGAAAUUUCCAUUCUGCUGUGUUGUUUAUUUUUUAUUUGAAUGUUUGUACAGCUGUGAUUUUUAUAAUGUAUUUAUUAAAUUAGAGACUCAGUUGAAAAUAAAAUGACAAUCCAUUAAC